CUGUCAUCAAAGUGAACAUGCCCUGACAUAUCACUCCAGAGUUAUAAAGCAGGACUUAUUAGAGCGCACAUCUCCUUUGAGUUCAUUUGGCUGGAUUUACUCAACACAGACAAUCUCAUUUUCCAAAAUGACCUGACUUGUAACAUGGCCUGGUGGUGGCACCUGCUUGUCUCCAUGGAGAUAGAUAAAUGUUAUGCCACACUGUGGAAUAUACGCCAGGAAGGGGCAGUGAUGGAAAUUAUAGCUUUGGCCAAAAUCCUGCAUAUUUAUAGAUCUUGGAAAAAUCCUCCUCAUGAGACGAUUUUCCUGGAUGUGCCAAAGAAAGCCCAAGAGUGAACGAGCUCCAGAAUGUUAAGACUAACUCUGGAGGGUGAAGCAGCGGGAGGCCACUUGACAUGAGAGCGCUAGCCUCGAUGUUCUCGAUAAUUUGGCUCACGAUUAUGCAGCGUUGCCGUGCCGAUGGUGGACAAAGAAAGAACAGAGAGACAGAACAGGAGGCCCAGUGCAACAGUGUGGCACGACGGAGGAGUUACAGAGCUGCUGUCCGAGCACUGCUAAAAGAACGAGGGUGAGGAGGACUCUGUGGAAAUAAGUGAACAGAUGAAGGAGAAGAAAAGGGACAGAGAGACAGCCGAGACAACAGCUGAGGCGAGAGAGGAGGCCGAGGCAGAGACACCGCAGAACAAAUGAGCGAGCUGUGAGCAGAGUGGGGCGGUGUGCUGGGAUACUGUGUGUUGGAUGCGAUGUAUCAUGAGGAGAUCCCAUGUUUGAGCCUCGGAAGUUGGCUGGCACAGCGGGACAGUCCUCCUACAGACCAGGGCUUUCCUGGUGCCCAAGUCUGAUCCCGUGAAUCACUGGAGAGCGCUGACACCCAUGCAGCAUAAACAACAUGUUGACUUUAAUUAAAUAUCUGACCUGUUUCUUGACCUGGUGGCACGUGCCUCUUCAAAUGGAGAUAGACACAUUUAAUGCCAUACCAUGGAACAUUCUACCAAUCAUAGGGGUUAUCCAAGUCUCACGAUACGAAAGUCAACUUCAUUUUUUUUCCUGAAUGGCCGUGUUAUUGUGGAGAACGGGAAGUGGAGCUAUGGAUUUGGUGAUAUUUUUGACCCUGAGCAUCGGAGCGUGGUUCGCAUCAGCGGAGAGGCACAGCGUCUACUGGAACAGCUCAAACCCAAACUUCCUUUGGGAUGAAUAUACAGUGGAAGUGCGCAUUAAUGACUACCUGGACAUCAUCUGCCCCCACUACGCCCAUGGGGAGGUGUCAUCGCACGCCGCUGAACGGUACGUGCUGUACAUGGUGGAGAAGGAGGACUACGACGUGUGCAAGCCCCACUCUUUCGACCAGCUGCGGUGGGAGUGCUCGCGCCCGUUCGCUCCGCACGCGCCGGAGAAAUUCUCUGAAAAGUUCCAACGUUUCACCCCUUUCACGUUGGGCAAGGAGUUCCGGCAAGGAGAGAGCUACUAUUAUAUCUCUAAACCAAUGCAUCACCAUGGGGAGGAGUGUCUGAGGCUACGGGUGGAUGUGGCCGGAAAUAAAGGGAAAGUACAUCAGGACAAACCCAACGCAGACGAGAAGAACUUUGAUUUGGGAAAGAUCAAGUUUCCGUCAGCGGGAGGAGUCCACAACCCGUCCAACAGGCUCCCAGCAGACGAUCCUGAUGUGAUGGAGCCCAAUGUCCAGAGGAGUAUUGGCAGCUCAGCGUCCCAGCUAGCGUCUUUAUCAAUCCUCUUCACUAUAGCUCCUGUCUUAUUAGCGCUAUGGCUACAAUAAGACUAAAUGGACUAUAACAAAGACUUUACAAACCCGCUGCUGGUCACUGGGACUAUGAAGACAGAUUUUUAUACAGAUUUUUAUAUGAAUGAAGCGUGUGUGUGACGUGGUUGGGCGAAUGUGGGAUGUCGAUCAUUCCAAAGAAGAAAAAAACCUUGAAGAUGUGUUUUCUUUUUUGUUUUUUUACGAUGUUUGGACAACAACGCACAUGUUUUAUUUAGUUUUUUUUUUUUUUCAAUGAACAAAACUGCAACAACAAAAUUAUGUCACUGGUACAUAUGCACUGUAUUUGUCAUUCUAUGUAUUCAUAUGUCAAAGUGGUAGCUGUUGUCAUAGUAGUCGUGUAGCACUCCGCUCCCAAAUAUAUUUUCAUUCACAUUAUUUUACAAAACAACAGUAUUUAUUUUAUUUCAUGUUUUUUUUUCUUUUCCAAUUUACUCCACGUCUAACAAGCUAAUUUGGGAGUCGGUAUCCAUCCACAUAUGCCUCAUUUCUAUUGUGUCGACAUUAUCAUCAUGGUACUUGCACACUAUUUUUAAGGGACUACUUCCUGAAAACACUAACAUUGGACGCUGUGGUUUUGUUUUCUCAUUUUAUCAAAGUUUUGUAAAUGUUUAUAAUGUAAAUUUGUACAUAGUAUAAUAUAAGAAAGUGUUUUAAAAUGUGAAAAUCUUUAGUGAAAUAAAACUAAUGUGAUGUUAA